UCUCCGGAAACGUGCACGUGCAAGCCGCGGGCAUACGUCAUGGCGGCUAGACGGCUCUUUGGGGUUGCCCGAUUCUGGGUCGGCUGGUGGCCCAGGGAACUCCCGGAGCCCGCCGAUCCCGGCAGAUGUGUCGUCCGUGGUUAUGCCAAGAGACCGGUCAUAAAGGGGGGCAAGGGCGGCAAAGGUGGAGUGCCCAGCGAGGCCCUGAAGGACCCGGAUGUGUGCACGGACCCAGCCCGGCUGACCACACACGCCAUGGGCGUCAACAUCUACAAGGGAGGCGAGGAUGUGGCCCUGAAACCCGACUCUGAGUACCCUGAGUGGCUGUUCCAAAUGAACUUGGGGCCCCCCAAGACGCUGGAGGAGCUAGACCCCGAGUCCCGGGAGUACUGGCGGCUGCUGCGGAAACAGAACAUCUGGCGGAACAACCGCCUGAGCAAGAGCCGGAAGUUCUAGCUCCCACUCGUGUGGACACUCGCUGGACAACGGCCUCGCUCAGCUGCCCCCAACGCCCAGGCUUAGCACCUGGAAUCCUGUUGCCCGGGAGGCCCGAGCCCUUGUUCUUCAGAGGAGGAUUUUCUUCUGUCAGGGAUUCAAGGCCAGCGCCCCCAAGCAGUAGAGAGUCCGUGAACUUCAGGACCUGAACUCCAGGAGUAACUGGCUUCAGGCACGGCUGGAUCCAGGCCCUUCUGCCGACCACCAUGUGGCUCUCUCCAUCUCUGGGUACACUCACUUAUUAAAAAAAAUGUUUUUGGAGGUGCCAGGGAACCGAACCCAGG